AUGUUGAGGGAAUUCGGAGUCUGCUUCAGGUGCUGUUCGUCUAUCGAUCACUUCUCCAAGAACUGCAGAGAAUUGAUCAAGUGCAGUGUAUGCGGUAGCGACGGACACGCUUCGGCUCUCCAUCCAGAUCCUAUCCAGUACGAAAUGUCUCCUUCCACAAGACAUUCCCAGGACGGCGGGGAGGAAGACAGCCACGUUUCGACGCCAGAAGUGAUUUCGAAGUGCACGAAUGUGUGUGGAGACAGCUCUUGGAAUAUGUCAUGUUCUAAGAUCUGCCUGGUCAGGGUUCAUCCAAAGGGUCAGCCAGAGCGGUCACGCAAAAUGUACGCUGUUCUGGACGACCAGAGUAAUCGAUCCCUGACGAGGCCAAGCUUCUUCGACAUGUUCAACGUCCACGGAGACGACUCACCGUACACGCUCAAAACCUGCGCUGGCAUAAUCGAGACUACGGGAAGACGAGCAAACGGGUUCGUCGUGGAGUCUAUCGACAGACGUACUCAACUUCAGCUCCCAACCCUCAUCGAAUGCACUCAGAUUCCCGACGACAGGAGUGAAAUUCCUACACCGGAGGUGGCGCAGCACCAUCCACAUCUCAGAAAAAUAGCUCACCUACUUCAGCCUCUGGAAGACGACGCUGCGAUACUUCUUCUUUUGGGCAGAGAUAUCUUGCAAGUGCACAAGGUACGCCAACAGGUGAAUGGUAGCAGCAACGCUCCAUACGCCCAGAGGCUGGAUCUCGGCUGGGUCAUUGUAGGUAACGUCUGCAUCAAUGGCAUCCGGAAGCCGACAUCUAUCAAUGUGUUCAGGACUACGUUGAUCGAAGACAACCGCGCAAGCAUCUUCGCUCCGUGUCCGGGUCACGUCUUCAUCAGGGAGAAGAUCGUGCCCGACCCGUGCGUCGGCAACGCGGCCAACGAAAGGACUGGGCUGUGCGAUACUGUUCCACGCACUGCAGAUAUCGGCAGUUCAGUGUUCGAUACGACAAAGGACGACAACAAGAUCGCGCUCUCCAUUGAGGAUAGACAUUUCCUUGAGAUGAUGGAAGAAGGCUUCUCGAUAGAUGAUGAAAGCAGCUGGGUUGCUCCGCUGCCCUUCCGCGCACAGAGACGUGUACUGCCAGACAACCGGGACCAAGCAAUGUCUCGAUUCACGUCACUUCGCCGUACAAUGGAAAGGAAGCCGGAGGUGAAGAACCACUUCUUGGCUUUCAUGGCCAACGUCCUCGCGAACGGACACGCCGAGUUGGCCCCGGAGAAGGGCAAUGGACAGGAAUAUUGGUACCUCCCCAUCUUCGGCGUAUAUCAUCCAAAAAAGCCAGGACAAAUACGUGUCGUCUUCGACUCCAGCGCCAAAUUCCAAGGCAUUUCUCUGAAUGAUGUGCUCUUGUCUGGGCCCAACCUUGUGAACAGCCUCCUCGAAGUUCUACUUCGAUUCCGGAAAGAAUCAUUCGCUGUCACUGCGGACAUACAGCAAAUGUUCUACUGCUUCGUCGUCCGUGAAGAAGAUAGAGACUUUCUCAGAUUCUUCUGGUUCCUGGACAACGACCCGACCAAGGAAGUGGUGGAGUACAGGAUGCGAGUUCACGUGUUCAGAAACAGUCCUUCACCGGCUGUCGCAACGUACGGUCUGCGACGAACGGCCAUAGAGGGUGAAGAGCAGUUUGGAACCGACGUCAGGGAAUUCGUGGAAAGAAAUUUCUACGUUGACGAUGGACUUACAUCCCUCCCUACCGAACACGCUGCUAUCGAUCUUCUCCGAAGGACGCGGGACAUGCUGUCAACAGCGAACCUGCGACUGCAUAAAAUAGCCUCUAAUAGUGUCACUGUGAUGAAAGCUUUCUCAUCGGACGAAUACGCCACGGACCUAAAGGACCUGGAUCUGGGAUCGGACGUGCCUCCAUCACAGCGUAGCCUGGGCCUACGUUGGGACAUCAAAGGCGACACCUUCACGUUCCACGUUCCUCCAAACGAGAAGCCACACACAAAGCGGGGAGUCUUGUCGACAGUCAACAGCCUGUACGACCCAUUGGGAUUCGCUGCGCCUGUCACGAUACAGGGACGACUUCUGCUCAGAGAGCUAUCAUCACUAACUCAGGGUUGGGACGAUGAGCUUCCCAAGAGCAAGGAGUGGGAAACCUCGAGAGACUCUCUGCCGGCACUGAACAAAAUUAAGAUCCCCCGUACGUACGGUGCCAUCUCCCUCAGCUCAGCGUGCCGUAGGGAGCUGUGCAUAUUCUCUGACGCAUCAACGAAGGCUAUCGCAGCAGUGGCCUACUUGAGAAGCACAGACCCUUCGGGCGAGACUCACGUCGGCUUCGUCCUCGGGAAGGCGAAACUUGCACCGAAACGGGAGCACACGAUCCCGAGACUGGAACUCUGUGGAACUGUGCUUGCGGUAGAGAUGGCGGACGUCAUCGUCAACGAACUGGACAUCAGCCUCGACGCCAUAAAAUUCUACACGGACAGUAGGGUGGUACUGGGAUACAUAUGGUCAAGCCAUCCUGAUCAGUGGAACUACGUUCCCAGCGAGAAGAACCCUGCCGACGUAGCCACAAGAACAGCCUCUGCUGGUCGUCUCGCUGAAACAACCUGGCUAACUGGCCCAGACUUCCUGCGUGCGAUAGACAUCCCCAUGUCAGGGACUGCUUGCGACACCUUCCAGCUUGUGGAUCCAGAGAGGGACGAGGAGGUCCGUCCACUUGUCACAACAUUCGCAACCAACGCAUCACUGCAGCUGCAGCUUGGCUCUCAGAGGUUCGAACGAUUCUCAAGUUGGACAAGGCUUGUCAGGGCAAUUGCGCACCUGCAGCACAUUGCGCGUUCGUUCCAGUCCCAGCGUGAUGCCGCGUCCCAACCUUGCAGACACUGGCAUCUUUGUGGCAGGUCACGUACGGACGAAGAACUUUCUACAGCUGAGAAGUUAAUCAUCGCAAACGUCCAACGCGAUGCGUUCCCGAGAGAGGUCAGAUGCCUUGAGAUGGAACGUGUGGUACCGAAGGACAGCCCUCUUUGGAAGCUGGACCCUUACAUGGACGAGGACGGCCUCAUCAGGAUCGGCGGACGGCUUCGGAACUCAACCCUGAGCCAAAACGAACGACAUCCAAUUGUCGUACCUCCUCGACAUCACAUCGCCACGUUGCUGGUUCGACAUCAUCACGAAAGGGUUGCACACCAAGGCCGCCACUUCACAGAAGGUGCCAUCAGAGCAGCUGGCCUAUGGAUUGUUGGGGCCAAAAGAUGUGUCGGAUCCGUCAUCCACAACUGCAUCAAAUGUCGCAAACUGAGGGGCAGGCCUCAGCAGCAAAUCAUGGCCGACUUGCCACGAGACAGGCUUCGCACGGAUCCUCCAUUCACCUACGUGGGCGUCGACGUCUCUGGACUCUGGCUGGUGAGGGCACGCAGGACAAGGGGAGGACUGUCCAACAACAAAAGAUGGGCUGUGCUUUUCACCUGCCUCUGCGUAAGAGCGGUACACAUCGAGGUCAUCGACUCCAUGGAUACUUCUUCAUUCAUUAACGCCCUGCGGCGUUUCUUCGCCAUCAGAGGGCCCGUCAAACUGCUGAGGUCUGACUGCGGUACCAACUUCACCGGUGCGUGCAAGGAGCUGAAGAUCAACACGGCUGCCCCCGGGGACUGUGACGUGGACAAGUACCUCCAUGAGCAGGGUUGCACAUGGAUAUUCAACCCCCCUCAUGCCUCUCACAUGGGUGGUGCCUGGGAGCGCAUGAUCGGAGUUGUUCGGCGCAUUCUGGAUUCGAUGCUCCUUGGCACCGACAGAUCACGACUGUCGCACGAUAUGCUCACCACACUUCUGGCAGAGGUGGCAUCCAUCGUCAAUAGCAGACCACUGACUUCAGUGUCGACGGACCCAGAGAAUCCAACCAUUCUUACCCCAAACGCUAUCCUCACGCAGAAAACGGGCGGCAUUCCUCCACCUGCUGGCGAGUUCGAGCAUGAGAACAUCUACCGGAGGCAGUGGAAACAAGUGCAACCCAUGGCCAACGCAUUUUGGAGCCGAUGGAGUAAGGAAUAUCUCCCUACGCUGUAUGGCCGACGGCAGUGGCAGAGAAGGCAACGGGACGUUCGCGCGGGUGACAUCGUGCUUCUCAGGAACCGGGACACCGUGCGAAAUGAAUGGCCCAUGGGGUGCGUCACCAAUACAUUUCGCAGCUCCGAUGGAAGAGUGCGCAGGGUGGAGGUGAAGAUAUGCGAGCAUGGUGUCGUGAAGGUCUUCCAAAGGCCCAUCGGCGAAGCGUUCCUCCUGCUUUCAAGCGACCGAGAGUGA